CUUCCCUGAACUUCUCCGUGAAUGUUUACGUGAGCGUCUUUUUCCCGCUUUGUGCUAAAUCAGCUGAUUGAGCGGCAGAUCCGGACCCACGCGGCUCAGACCCGAGACCCGGAGAUGAUAAAGACCGAGAGGGUUUUACACCUGAAGAGCUGCCGGGGGAGGAAGGUCCGUGUGGUCCGGGAGCAUUAUCUGAGAGAGCGGGUGCCCUGCUACAGCGGAGCGUGUCAGGCGGACUGUGCGAACGAUGGUAAGGUGCUGCCAGGAGAUCUGACCCACUAUGUGGUGCCUGAUGUCGGCGUGGUGGUCGACUACCUGGAGAUCUUGGAGUUCAGAGAGCUGCACGGCAUCGUCUUCACCCAGACCGCCUGCCAGGCUGUGCAGCACAGCAAAGGACGCAGGCAGUACAACCGUCUGCGAAACCUGCUCAAAGACCCUCGACAUGACUGCACGCUGUUCGCCAAUGAAUAUCAGGAGUAUUCCUACUGUCCCCGAGAGAAGGGGGAGAGCCAAGAAGAGUGGCAGACCAGGUGUGUGUACUCUGCAGCAGAGUGGUACUUUAACCACCUGGCAGGAGCGAUGCCUGUAGUGAUGGUCACAGAGAACCAGGAAGCCGUGGCUCAGUACAGCAGCCUCCGAUCGGGAGUGUACGUCAUCUCCUUCCAGGAAUAUCUGCAGACCUUCUGGCCGGAGCUGCAGGCAGCCCACGAGCUGUACAGCUCCAUCUCUCAGGCGCUGCAGGCGAAGGAGGGCGAGGGCAACGAGAAGGAGUACGCCGAACAUCUCCCGGCCGAAGUCCUGGAGGCUGGAAUCAAGUCUGGACGGUACAUUCAGGGAACUCUGAAUGUCAGCAAACACCGAGCACAGACCGAAGCCCUGAUCAUGACGGAGGGUUUUUCUAACAAGAGCACAGAUAUGGGUUGGUGCGUGAUGGUGCACGGCGAUAAGAGUCGUAACAGAGCCAUGCACGGUGACGUGGUUGUGGUGGAGCUGUUGCCAAAGAGCGAGUGGAGAUGGAAGGUCACAGCGCUGACCGAGGGUCAGGCGGACGAGAAGAACGGGAAGGACGGCGAGAGUAAACCUCUGCCGACAGGCCGCGUUGUUGGGAUCCUGCAGAGGAACUGGAGGGACUACGUGGUAACUUACCCCCCCAGGGAGGGGACUCAGUCCCAGACCAGGAAUUCCCAGCGCAUCCUGGCUGUGCCCUGGGACCAUCGUAUCCCCAAGAUCCGCAUCAGCACUCAGCAGGCCGAGACUCUGCAGGACCACAGAGUGGUGGUGCGCAUUGAUUCAUGGGAAAGCACGUCGCUCUAUCCCAAUGGCCACAGCGUGCGGGUUCUGGGCUGGGCCGGAGAGCUAGAGACGGAGGUCCAGACCAUCCUCAUCGAGAACUGCAUCCACGUGCCUCCUUUCUCAGACGCACAGCUGAGAGAGAUGCCGGUCAACUCCCCCGAGAAACCGUGGAAGGUGGAUCCGGCCCAGGUGGCCGAGCGGCGGGACCUCAGGGACAGUCACCUGGUGUUCAGCAUCGACCCGAAGGGCUGCGAGGACGUAGACGACACACUGUCGGUGCGGAGCCUCGCCGGCGGGAAGCUGCUUGAACUGGGCGUCCACAUCGCCGACGUCACCCACUUUGUCACGGAGGGUUCACUCACAGACCUGGAAGCACGGACCAGGGCCACCACCUACUACCUGGCAGACCGCAGGUACGACAUGUUGCCGGCUGUUCUCAGUGCAGACCUCUGCUCUCUGCUGGGGGGAGUCGACAGGUAUGCAAUGAGCGUGCUGUGGGAGCUCGACGCACACACCCUCGCCGUCAACAAGGUGUGGUUUGGUCGAACGCUCAUCCGCUCCUCCUACCAGCUGCACUACGAGCUGGCCCAGGCGCUCCUCAACGGGGAGCAGGCUGAGGUACUGGAGCUGGCCCGGCUCGGCCCCGAGGAGAAGGACGCGAAGCUGGCGCAGCUCACCCGGGCCCUGGAGACGCUCACACACGUAGCCAGACACCUCCGGGCACAGAGGGACCGAGGAGGAGCGCUGGAGCUGGAGGGGGUGGAGGUGCGAGCUCAGCUGGACGAGGAGAGGAACAUCACAGCCCUGGUCCCCCGCCAGCCCCUGGAGGUCCACGAGACCGUGGCCGAGUGCAUGAUUUACGCCAACCACUGGGUGGCGCGAAAGAUCCAGGAGACCUUCCCUUAUCAGGCCCUGCUGAGGCGCCACCCGCCGCCGCGGCAGGAGUUCUUCAGCCAGCUGGUGGAAAGCGCCAGGGCCAAGGGGUUCAGCAUCAGCACCGGGUCCAACAAAGCUUUAGCGGACUCUCUGGACCAGGCCGUGGACCCACAGGACCCGCUGGUGAACAGGCUGCUGAGAAUGAUGACCACCCAAGCCAUGCCACAGGCUCUCUACUUCUCCACUGGUGCUCAGCCCCUGGACCAGUACUACCAUUACGGUCUGGCUCUGGACCGCUACACACACUUCACAUCACCCAUUCGCCGCUACGCCGACAUCGUGGUCCACCGCCUUCUUAUCGCCGCCAUCACCGUGGAGCAGGCAGCGAGCUCCGGUGCAGCGCUGGCCAGCAACAAAGACCUGGAAGAAAUGUCUCAGCACAUCAACAACAGGAACAUGGCAGCAAAGCGAGCUCAGAAGUUGUCCACCGAGUUGUUCCAGUGUCUCUACUUCAAAGAACGGGACCCUCAGACAGACCCGCGCUGCGUGGCCGACGCCGUCAUCUACUCCAUCCGAGACGACGGCGUGUUGGUGUUUGUCCCAGAGUAUGGUGUGAAGGGGCCGGUGUACAUGAAGAAUCGGGACGGCGAGGUGGUGUCUGCGGGACAGGACGGCAGCUGCCAGUGGCAGAGCGGCUCCGUGCGACGGUACCCGGACCACAUCACCACCACCUCCAGCUGUGGCACCUCCACCUUCAGACUGUUCGACCACAUCACCGUUCGUAUUUCUGUCCACGCCACUCACUGCCACGCAGACCGCUUACACCUGGAGGUCGUCAGCAACAAGCCUUACCGCAGCGCCGAGCUCGAGCAGCCGCGCUCCCAGGGCCGCUGCCAGCUGGUCCAGGAGGUGGUGCGUCUGGCCGAGGAGGCGUACCAGCAGGCCCAGGAGAAGGCGGCCCGGCGCCCCAAACUCUCCAAAGAGGAGAGAGAGUUCUGCCAGAGCAAAACCCCAAAUCUGUACUCGCUGCUGGAGGAGGUCAGAGAGCUGGCGCUGAUGGACCUGGACAUGACUCCUCAGGUCUGUGCCACAACAGCGUAGAUCAGCUGUAAAUCACGUGAACGGACACAGAAACGCAGGAGGAGCUGCUGAAUAUCAUGGAUCACAGCUGUGAACUGACCGGCUGAGCUGAGGAGACGGCUCUUUUUUUAAUCGAUGGCAGAUCUUUGACAUUAGAUGAGUGAAAAUCAGCCGAUAGCGUGUCCGACGAUGAAGAGCAGAGACGUCAGUAAGUUCAGAAGUGACGGUUCAGUAACAACAGAUCAGCCUGUAUUAGGUUUUUAACAAGAACAUUUUGAAGCCGAUCCAUUAAAUCUGGUUAUUAUUGCAUUAUUUUCAGUAUUAUUGAAACUUGUAUUAGAGGCAGAGGGACAUAUUGAUCAUUAUUGGUUUUCAUUAUAAAACUGUUCCCUGGUUUAUUGAUGAUAAAACCAAUCUAAGGUCACACUGACUCAUCAGUUUAAGCACGAAGGUCUUUAACUAUUCUGCCAAUAAACAAUA